AUGGGGCGAAACAAGAAGGGCAAGCCCACGGCCGCGCACGAGGCGGAGGAGGUGCUGAGCGAAGCCUCCUCCGCCCACUCCGACGCGGCAUCCGCGGAAGAGCAGCCCGUCGCCAAGGCGAAGGUGUACCACGGCAACAAGCUUGGCAGGACGGCCGGUGGCAAGGCUAAGAAGGAGGGACAGGCGCAGCCGCCACCGCGGACGGCGGCGCAGGGGUCGAGCACGGAAAAGGAUAAAGCAGCGGAGGGUGUAGGAGCUAACAGGAAGGCGGAGGGAAACGCCGUAGACUUGGCGGCUGGCUUACCGGAGCAACUGGAGGAAGAUCUCGCGGUCUCGCGCUUUGAACCAGUGGAGGUGCUUUACUGCCCCAUUUGCACCUUUCCUGCCGAGAUGUGCGAGUACAGUGGAAUGUACGAGCAGUGCCGCCCGUGGCUGCUUGAACAUGCGAAGGAACUCGCUGAGGCAGAAGAGCGCGGCCGCAAGCGACGUGCGUUGACGGAGCGGGAGCGUCUGGAGCGGCUUGUGCAGGGCCGCGGCACAAAAAAGGCAAUUGAACGCAUCGUCCUCUUGGAAUUGGCGCAGCGUAAGGGGCGCAAGAUGACCACCUCCGUAAAGGGCCUGGAUCUAUUUGGCUUCAACCUGAAGGACGUCUCGCGGGAGUGGAAGAAGUUGUUUUCCUGCGGGGCCGGCGUGACGUCCUCGGAGGAGUCGAAGCAAAGCUCCAUUGAUAUUCAGGGCAACGUGGUGGCCCAACUCAUUGAGCUGCUGCCGGAGCGCUACAACAUCCCCAAAGCCGCCAUCUAUCAGAUGGAGGAGAAGAAGAAGGUGAAGUGCUACAGUGAGGCCAAGUGA